GGAAGUCGAUCCGGCCACGACUCUUUUCACUUGACACCAGCUUCUCCGUCUCGACGCUGCCCAGCGCUCCUCCCUCAGUAACCCCACAGUGAAUGUGUGCGUUUGUGUGUCUGCCUCCACCUGCGGUACGCUGUCUUCAACAGCACAACGAUGUGAUGGCUGCUCGGACGGCCGCUGCCUCCAGAUCAACCGAGACGACGGAUUAUGGACAAACACGCAGUCCUGCGUGCAACUAAAUCUCUACCGGCCCCGCGGUGACUUCAGAUCCAAGACCAGGUCAAGCAUCAAACCAGCGGAGAUGAAGCACACUGACCCCAGCAAUGAGAGGACAGAGAUCUCCUGGACCAGCUCACCUGAGGCUCCUCCGGUCUAGAUGCUGCCGAGCAGUCGAUCCAACGUCGUCUCGCAGCCGAGAUCCAGCAGCCACCAGCUAACACGCUGGCAAAUGUUUGCCGAAACCGCUCGCCUGAAGGAACAUUGAAAGAAUAAAAAGACGUUGGCUGUCGACCGCGAGCGCUUCACGUGUGUGCAGUUGGGCCUGUGAUCAUGGGGAAGGAACAGGACCUGCUGGUGGCGGUGAAGACCGGAGAUCUUCUGCUGGCCCACAAACUUCUCUCCAAAGUCAAGUGCAACAAAACCAAGUUGUUGGGCUCCGCCAAGAGACUCAACAUCAACUACCAGGACCCAGACGGCUUCUCGGCGCUGCACCACGCCGCUCUGACGGGCACCACAGAGCUGCUGUGUCUGCUGCUGGAGGCCCAGGCCACGGUGGACAUCAAGGACAUCAAUGGCAUGCGGCCCCUCCACUACGCAGCCUGGCAGGGCAAAGCCGACUCUGUCUUACUGUUGCUGAGAGCCGGGGCUUCAGUCAACUCCACUUCCAACGACGGACAGAUGCCGCUGCAUCUCGCUGCUCAGUACGGACACUACGAGGUGUCUGAGAUGUUGCUGCAGCACCAGUCUAAUCCCUGCCUGAUGAACAAGGGCAAGAAGACUCCUCUGGAUCUGGCCUGCGAGUUUGGGAGACUGAAGGUGGCUCAGCUGCUGCUGAGCAGUAACAUGGUGGCAGCCCUGUUAGAAGGGGAGGGAGGGCACGACAUCAUGGACUCUCCAUCCACCACUCCCCUCCACCUGGCCGCCAGGAAUGGACACAAAGACAUCAUCAAGUUGCUGCUCAAAGCCGGCAUCGACAUCAACAGAGGCACCAAAGCCGGGACGUGUCUGCACGAGGCCGCCCUCUACGGCAAAACCGAGGUGGUGCGGCUGCUGCUCGACGCGGGCAUCAAUGUGAACGUCCGCAACACGUACAACCAGACCGCUUUGGAUAUGGUAAACCAGUUCACCACCUCCACAGCCAGCAGGGAGAUCAAACAGUUGCUCAGAGAGGCGUCGUGCUCUCUGCAGGUCAGAGCGGUGAAGGACUACUGGAACCUCCACGACCCCACCGCUCUCAACCUGCGGGCUGGAGACAUUGUUAUGGUCCUGGAGCAGCUCUCGGAGGGCCGCUGGAAAGGUCACAUCCACGACAGCCAGCGGGGGACGGACCGGGUGGGCUUCUUCCCCCCCUCAGUGGUGGAGGUCCUGAGCAGACGAGCAGGGGCCACUCUCUCCCGGCAGGCUUCAGGGCCCUGCCAACGACAACACUUAACCUCCAGACUUCCUCCCUCGAGCCGUGGCUCCACCCCUCAGACUGAUGACUCAUUCAGCCUGGGUUAUGAUCCCGCAGGUGCUCCACCUGACAGUCCGCUGUCUGCCCCAGCUAGUCCUGCUAGCCCUGCUCAGGACAUUUGGGUCCUCAGGAGCUGUCCCUGCGGUGACAGAAACAGUGUUGGCAGCGCCGGCAGCGCGUGCAGCAGCCGCAGCGCCGGCAGCGGCCAGAGCUCAGAGAGCGGCCACAGACAGAACGGGAUUCAGAACCGCCCCAAUGGUGACACCGGCAAGAUGACUCCCUCUGCUGGUGAAUCAGGAGAACAGCGCCUCAACGCAGGAGCAGACCACAACAGACAGGCAGAGCGAUCCACAGGUGGUUCCUGUCGGCAGGUGAACGGCACCCCUCAGAAGGGCUUUGUGAGGCCGCAGGAGCUUCUGGAGGGCAAGGACUCUGAGGCCAUCUACCAAUGGCUCCAUGAGUUCCAGCUGCAGCAGUACACAUCCAACUUCAUCAAUGCAGGAUAUGAUGUACCCACCAUCAGCAGGAUGACCCCUGAGGACCUGACGGCCAUCGGAGUGACCAAACCAGGCCACAGGAAGAAGAUCUCCAUGGAGAUUGGCAAGCUGAGCAUCCCCGAGUGGCUGCCCGCCUUCACCCCUGCGGACCUGGGGGAGUGGCUCAGUGGGAUUGGACUUUCUCAAUACCAGAAGAGAUUGUGUGAAAACGGCUACGACUCCAUUACUAUCGUCAGGGACAUCACGUGGGAGGACCUGCAGGAGAUCGGCAUCACCAAACUGGGCCACCAGAAGAAGCUGAUGUUAGCAGUAAAGAGACUCUGCGACCUCCAGCGCUCCCGUAACCACGCCGACCAAGCUGGAGGCGGGACUCUCCGACGGAACCCUCACGCCGCCCUGGAAACGGUGUCCAUCGAACACACGGCAACACACAAUAUACAGGCUGCUCCUGACGACUGCUGCCCCUCCCCUCGCCCCCCCAGGGCGCUUCUCUCCUUCCAGGACAGCGAGUUGAGCGCCGAGCUUCAGAGUGCCAUGAUGGGCAGGGCCGGGGGAGGAGCUGCCGAGGCAUUCGCCAUCAGGGGCGGGCCCUCUGCCAUGUCAGUCAGUCAGGAGAGCAUUAGCAUGCGUUCACGUGGCUCUGGGAAUUCUGGGAAUUCAAAUUCUGGAAAUUCCCAAGAUCACCACGCGUCUUCGGCCAGGAUGUGCAGCCGCUCGGAGGAGAGUCUGGGCAGCGGAGCGGGGGAGGAGCCCGGCAAGAGUAAGCAGAGGCCGCCCCCCGAGAUGUGGGAGCACCUGAGCCGCUGCGCCACCCCCAACAAGCUCCCCUUCUCCCCUCUGACACCCCCGCUGACCCCGAGCAAGAUGCCUCGCUUCGCCUACCCGGCCGUCCCAGCAAAGGUGAAGCCGUUCCCGUCCCCUCAGCGCCUCCACCAGGCACAGCACCACCCGCCCUCCUCCCCCACGUCUCCGUCCCCACAGCAGGCCUUCAGCUACCUCCACGGCCAGGCGGGAGGCGUCAGCGGGCCGCAGCGGGGGCUCUCCAAACCUCUGCCGGGAGCGGUCCCUCUGCCCAGACCGGGCCCCGCCGACGGCGCGCAGAGGGCCCCACACAAGAAGCGCGCCCAGAGCCUCACGCGCUACGCCCUGUCCGACGGCGAGCCAGACGACGAAGAAGAAGAAGAAGACGGCGACGACAGCGUCGCUGCCCGCUGCACCGCCGCCUCCUCCGCGGCCAUUCCCUCCUACGCCACCCUGUCGCGGAGGCCGGGACGCGGCCACACGGGCGCCUCGGGGACCCAGCGGCACAUCAACCGCAGCCAGUCGUUCGCCGUGCGAUCCCGCCGCAAAGGCCCGCCCCCGCCUCCGCCCAAAAGGAUGAGUUCGGUAACUGGCAGCCCGGUACGCCAACCGGGCAACGGGGAGGUGGUGGAGGCAGAGCUGGAACAAGGGGCGGAGCCAGAGGCCGCUGGCAGCGUAAGGAGCAUCGCGGCCCGGCUAGAGGGAAGCAGCAGCAGUCCGUCCCGGAGGACAGACAUGCCGCCGACUCACGUCCAGGUCUCCCCGAUAUUCAUCCCCGUUUCCUCGACGAUUCCACACGCCAUCGGUCCUCACGUCCUCCUGCAGCACUACAAACCCGUCCCUGCUCUGGGCGUGGGGGGCCUGAGGAGGACAGGCAGCGAGAGGACGGAAGCAGAAGCUGCCAGACAAAGAGGUGGAGGCCUAGAGGGAACGCUCGAAGACAAUCCCAGGAAAGGUGAAAGAACGUCCAUGAGCGCCACGGCGUCUCCAAAGCACAGCUCCGGGGGGCACCUCCCCUUCGCCGAAGAAGGAAACCUCACCAUCAAGCAGCGGCCCCGCGCGGCUGCCCCAGACGCCGUGGUCAAGACCCCGAGCAGCCUGGAGCUCCCCGAGUUCAACCUGAAAGAGUCGGACACCGUGAAGAGACGACACAAACCCAAAGACUUGUUGACGCCCGAGGAGGCCGCCUCCCCCAGCGCAGAGAACAAGCCCCCGCCAAGCGAUGAGGAGGCCCAGAGGCCGGGGGGUGUGUUCCGUAGAGCGGGCUCCCUCGGGAAAGGCCCCAAGCCUCCAGUGUCCUCCAAGCCGUCCAGUCCUCUCAAACAAGCGUCUCCCAGCCAACAAGCUGCUGAACACACGGCCAUUCCGAAGCUAACCAGCAUCCAGAUUCACAAAGUCUCCCCCAAGCUGGCCGGCCUCAUACACGCGCACACGCGUGUGGCCAAGGACCUGCAGCCAGCGAGGGCCAAACCAGAGAGUCCACAGAAAGCGUCCGGUCCGUCCCUAUCAAGAGUCCCUCAGCCCGGCAAGGCGCCAGCAUCUUCAGCAGGACUCAACCUCAUUUUGGUCCAGAGUGUCGCGUUCCCCCCUCCGUGCUCCCAGGCUCCGCCCCCUUCGCACACCGCAUCGGCUCCGGCGGGCAGGGCGGUGACAACGUCGCCGGCUGGCGUGGCCGGUCUGGAGGUGCUCGCUCAGAAGAGGCUGGAGCAAACCAGUACGUCGCUGGAGGCGGCCCUCAAGGUGGUGGAGAACAAACUGGCCCACGGGGGCGGCGUGGACAGUGGCAGCGGCUCGGUGAAGGCGGCGGGGAACAUCCUGGACGACAUCGGCAACAUGUUCGACGACCUGGCCGACCAGCUGGACGCCAUGCUGGAGUGAGUCUUGUGGGGGGGGGGGGGGGGCAGAGAAGCGCUCCGCUCCUCUUCGCCACUGAAAUAGACACUUUAUUGAACCCUGGGGGCACAUGUGAGGAUUUCCUGCACAACCUCUCACAACAUCGCCCAGUAUUCCAACGCGAGCACUUCGCCGAAGGACAUGCGCCCGGGAACGUUGUGUGUGUGUGUGUGUGUCGGUGUGUGUGUGUGUCGGUGUCUCUGACUGUGUGUGUCUGCGUGUGUGUGUGUGGGGGGAAUGAGGGUCCUUUGUAUUCAUAUUAUGUGUAAAUGUUUGGUGGCACUGUGUACGUGUGUAGUCAGAUAUCUUUAUACUGAGUAUAUUUAUACUUCUAUGUUUGUUUUUUAACAAAUGGAGUUCCUAUUCACUGUCUAAAUCAUUUCCAGUGUAUAUUAGCAAAACUGUCAUGUAUAUAUGUUUCGGUUUUAUUGUCUUUAAAGCAGCAUAUUCCUGAUAUGAAUUGACGUGUUAUUUCUUUACUCAAAAUAAGGGAUUGUUUGUUGGAAGCAUUCAGGUCUGUGUGGGGGGGGGGGGGGUUAUAAUAGUAGAGGAAACACUGGGUGUCAUUAUGUUAAGAGGCUGAAUACCUGAAUUCAAAUAGUAUUUUAUGUGUGCGUUCUAAAACUCUAAAACUAAAGCGUGGUGCCCCUUUGCUGCUGCAGUGUUUGAUGAGCCUGUUAAGCAGCAUUGUGAGAUUAGAUGUUUAGAUGUACUGCAGAUAUCUCAGACAUCGGACUUGAGCUUUAGAUCAGUUGAACCUGCUCUUACAUUUUGAAUUCAUGAGUUUGCCUUGCUUCUUUGACCCGAUGCCAUCCUCCACUUCCUGUGCGGGUCCAUGUGUGAGCAGGUACGGAAGCCAUCUUCUAUCCUUCCCAAAGCGCUGCAGGCAGAACAUCCGUGUGGACGUCUCCAAAGAGUGAGUUUUUGUUUACUUCAAAACAGGAUUUAGCACGUUUUAGUUAUUUGGUUUUAUUUUGAUGUAUUAAUGUUCCCAGAAACAUUUCCAUUGAAUUCUGUUUAAUCCUGGAAAUGAUUAAAAAGACAAUUUCUACUGA